ACGGGCGGGAUGUGUACUGGCUACUCACACCUACACUCAUAGAAAAUCACUGGUUUUGGAAAGCAGUAGAAUAGACAGACAGGGACUGAGAGUGGGGAUAGGGACAGGGACAUAUAUACAAGGAGACAGACUCAUACGCGGACGCUGCUCAACGAGGAGACACUACCGGAUAAGUGCUGACAUGUACGUGUCACUUUGACCAGCUCUUGAUAUUCGCACUCUCCAACAGGUCUACCGCAGCCGCCAGCAUGUCGACAGUAGAAGGAGCCGGGCAGCGCGAGGAAGGGGAGUACGGAAGGGCGGCAAAGCGGCUGAAAACGGAGGACAGGGAGACAGAGGCGGAGGAGAGAGAGGAGGGGGAAGAGGAACUGGAGGAGGGGGAGGAUUCAGACUCCGGUUCUCUGCCCGGUAACGGAGAGUCAGCGGUGGACAACCGGGCCCGAUGGAGCGCCAGCCAGUACGGAGGACGGAAGGAUAAUGGUGAAGACUCCCAUCGUAUCUCACCCAGUCCUGUGGUCCAUGUCAGGGGUCUGUGUGAAGCUGUGGUGGAAGCAGACCUGAUAGAUGCCCUGGAGAAAUUUGGACCCAUAUGUUAUGUGAUGAUGAUGCCAUUCAAGCGUCAGGCUUUGGUGGAGUUCUCUGCAGUGGAGAGCGCAGACCGCUGUGUGUCCUGUGGGGCCAAGGAGCCUGUAUACAUCGCAGGCCAACAGGCAUACUUCAAUUAUUCCACAUCCAAGAGAAUUACCAGGCCUACCAACGCUGACAAUCCCAAUAGUGGCAACAAGGUUCUCCUGCUGUCCAUCCAGAAUCCCCUUUACCCUAUAACCACGGAUGUUCUGUACACAGUGUGUAACCCAAUUGGUAGUGUUCUGAGGAUUGUCAUCUUUAAGCGAAAUGGAAUCCAGGCCAUGGUGGAGUUCGAGUCUGUUCAAUGCGCACAGAAGGCUAAAGCUGCUCUGAACGGAGCUGACAUCUAUGCUGGUUGCUGCACACUCAAGAUUGAAUAUGCAAGGCCAACACGUCUGAACGUGAUUAAGAAUGACAACGAGAGCUGGGACUACACUAAACCAUACCUGGUCAGAAGAGACCGUGGAAAGGGCAGGCAGAGACAGGCCAUUUUAGGAGAACACCCAUCAUCCUACAGUGAUAACGGCUAUGGUCCACCCUGCCCCCUGCUGCCUCUGCCCGGCAACAGCAGGUACAAGCUCACCUCAGUGGAUGUUCCUGACAUGGUGUCCUACCCUCUGCCCCAGUCAUCAUCCUCAUACUCUGGCCAUGCCCCUAGCUCUGUUGCCAUGGUGAGUGGCCUCCAUCCAUCCAAGAUGAACUGCACCCGCAUCUUCAACCUUUUCUGCCUCUACGGAAACAUUGAGAAGGUCAAGUUUAUGAAGAGUGUGCCUGGCACAGCGUUGGUUGAGAUGGGAGAUGAGUAUGCUGUGGACAGAGCCAUCACACACCUGAACAGCAUCAAAGUGUUUGGCAAGAGACUCAACGUCUGUGUGUCGAAGCAGCACGCAGUGAUCCCCAGUCAGGUGUUUGAGUUGGAGGAUGGCAGCAGCAGCUAUAAGGACUUUGCCAUGACCAGGAACAACCGCUUCAGCAGCGCCGGACAGGCCUCCAAAAACAUCAUUCAGCCUCCAUCUGCAGUGCUACACUACUACAACGUUCCUCCAUGCAUAUCACAGGACCAUUUACUGAGGCUGUGUACGGAGCAUGACGUGCCUGGCUUUGUCAAAUUCAAGAUGUUUGAUGCCAAACCCUCCUCUAAGACCAUCUCUGGCCUGUUAGAGUUUGACAGUAAGACGGAGGCUGUGGAGGUUCUCACUGUUCUCAACCACUACCAGAUCAGGAUACCCAAUGGGUCCAACCCAUACACCCUGAAGCUGUGCUUCUCCACCUCGUCUCAUCUCUAAAAAGUUGCCAAGUCUGCUGAACCUGAUGAUAUCUGACCUCUGGCCUGAGAGAGAGAGAGAGAGAGAGAGAGAGAGAGAGCGGGACCAUGGGAGACAAGUGGAGGGGAGAUAAACAAAGAAAUAUGAAAGAAGAAGAGACCGAGAGUAGGUGGCCUUUGAAGGCGAUAAAGAAGACGGAAAGAAAAGAGUUAAAGAGAGAGAAGACACUGUUACUGUCUCCAACCUGAACAUUAAAUCAUCCACCCGUCCAAUCACAACUCAACAAGCUGAGUGACUAAUGGCAUCUGGAGGACACAUCUCGUGUGUUUGUCCCUGAAGUCUUCACUGCAUGGUAAACUUGUCUUUGAGUGCAGACCUAGACAGACAGACAGACAGACAGGUGGGGACUCUUUGAUCAAUCAAUUGUACAAAGUCUACUUCAUUGUUGGUCCCACAAAAUCAUCAUCUGUGCACAUGACACAUGUUGACUAAAAUACCCGGUAUUAUUUUAAUGUUUAAAAACUGAUGAAUACAGUGUGUUGUUUUGAAUUGUCAUUGAACAUAUACAGUAUACGUGGAUAUGAUUUUAGUUCUCAUUUAGAGUUCCUUAGUGCUACGUGAACUUCUUGUCCUGGCAGCAGCGAGGCCUUGGGUCAGAAGUGUUGCUUCACUGUUCGGUCAAGCGUUUUGGCCCAAAGUGAGACAAGCAAUGGCUGACCAAAUGUUAAGCUUGCUGGGGAUGGUCAUCUCCAGAGAAAGACUCUACACAGUGUUGGUGAUCCUCUGGUCUGACCUCUCCCCUAACAUCAGCAGUUAGUGAAAAUCUUCAGCUAGCACUCUGGUCUUUGACAUGGUAUCUGGGAAACUAAUGUUUCCAAGAAGAUGAGUUGUCAUGUUUUUAAAAAGAUAAUGUUGUUUCUUAAGACCCACCUUCCACCUUCUCCAAAUGUUCUGGCCUAGACACAAGAAAUUUCAGACUCCUAUGGCCUUUUUUCUAGCACCACAAUCAGGAAAGGUGUGGUGAGGCUCUUCUAAUAGUAAAGUUAAUUAUUUUGUUCUGGCUUUCAUUUUUUUCUCACAGAUCGACGUUGGCAGGAGGAUCGAAGUUCUCAAGGCCUCAGUCAGCUGCUUCCUGCCCUUUUGUCUGUGGCCUGUUUUCAGUUUCAAAUGAAUCAGUCUCACUCCAUUCUCCGUCAUGCCAGAAAUCUAGUACGUAACUGUCACAGUUGAGUUGCUGGUCAAGUUGUUUAGAUACUGCUGGUGGACGUGGUUAGUCAAAAGCAAGGCAUCAGAACGCGAGCACGAGCUCAGCUAGGUUUCCUAACCCUGCCUCUGUGAAAUCACAGUCAGUGUCUGCUGCAUGCUUUGACUAGAGUUAUUUAACCUAAUGAGGGCCCGUGUCAUGAAAUCUUUUGGAGUUUCCUUUCAGGAAACCUAACAGUUUAGUCCUCGGCUUACUUGCUGUGAUUUGAGGUCUGUUGUGGUCAGUACUCUCAUAUACAGAAGAGUCCAUGGUGCUAACACAAGACAGGUUUAACAUUUUAAAAGAGGGGUCAUUGCAUCUGAAAUAUCUAUUAGACACUUGCUCUGCUUUUAUAAUAGAGUGCACAACUACUGUGAGACAAGUAUGUCAAAGUAGAACCAGGAGGUAGCUCUUCAGUUUAGCUUUUAAUAUUAGUGAUAAUCUUCCUGAAAAGUAGACUAAUCUUACCUUCAGACACAGUAUUUACCAAUUGUAUCGUCGGUGCACUUUCAAAUCAGUUUAAUUUCUGUGUGGAAAAAAUUUAUGCUCAUUUAGAUACAAAUAUAUACAAUAACUAUUUGCACUGCACGUGGAAAUCUGCUGGAAUUGCAUUGUACUCUGCAUAACAUUUUGCUUUGUCAAAUUAAACAACAUAUUCAUUUUUUUUUCAUGCAAUAAUUUUAUCUUAUAAUCUAAUGAUCAUAUGAGAUUUUUUUGUGGAUUUUUGCACAAAAUAUGUGAAUAAAUAGGCUACCUAAAAUACUGGAGAUGCAUAGGCUACUUAUGGAGGUGCAGAGAGGAUGAUUGGGCACACUGAGUUUCUUGAAGGCCACUUGUUUGGUGAAGCACAGUAAUAAAAGUAUAUUGCCUCUGUUCCAGCCUGUAUCUCACAGAGGACAUACAGAUUUUACUGCUCCAAGCCGUUCUUUUAGUACUCCAGGGUCCAUCACCCUUGUGAAUUAAGGCAUGCUUUUUGUACAUUAUAUGUAAAUAAGAAAAAGGUGAGAAUAGGUUUCAACAGAUGAAUCCCACUUUGUCUGUAGUGAAAUUAUUGCUCAUUUAGAUGUUGUUUGUAUGUCUCUUACAUCACUUGAAUCUUACUGUAUCUCUGAGGAGGUGUUAUUUAUUCUUUUUAUAUUUUGUAAACACUUAAAGGGGGUUGUAAAUGAGGGCUGUUGUUAUUCUUAAUCACAGAACUGACAGUAUGAGACAGGGAACACAGAUAUUGCUAUAUAGGGUUAAUGUUGUUAAUAGUCAGUAAUCACUAAGAAAACCAAAAAAACAAAACAAAACAAACAAAAAAAAAAACCAAAAAAAACAUACAACUAUAUUGUUCCAUUGAUUUAAGACUCUUGUGGUUGUAACUUCUAUGUACAUGUUCAAAUGGAAUAAAUUCAGGUUUGGGGCUGGAAGGUCGGCUCCACACAGCUCAA